AUGGAAGCGAUCCUCUCCGAAUUGUCGAAAGUCCAAAUGCGUCUCGAUCGUCUCGCCGACUCGCUUCAGAUGGAUCAGACGUUGCGAUUCCAAACCAACAAAAUGCUGUUGUUCUAUGCUCGCGGAAUGGUCGCCAACGGCAAAACCAUUUCGGACUAUUUCGCCGAAGUCGUCCGAUUCGUGCCGCUCUAUCUUCCCGGAUUCGCGAUGGACGAGCACUUCACGACGAACAUGUAUCUGUUCUUCGAGCUCGAGACCAACAUCGCUUAUCACAUCGACGAGAUCAAGGAGAUCCAUCGCGCGCGAAUCCUGUAUCGCGUCACGAAGCGCUAUCGAGAGAUCGUCGAGCCGGAUUCGGGAUGCACUUCCGAGGAGGACGACGUGAGACACUUGGAGCCGAUGGCCGACCCCAUUGAGCAUCUAGUCGCCAAUGAAGCAUUCGAGGAGGAGCCACGUGCUCGAUUCGAGCAAUUGAAUUUGAAUGAUGAAGCCGACGAUGAUGACGAUGCGAUUGAUGUUGUCGAAGUUGACUAUGAUGCCGAUGAUGAGCAAGAGUAG